GCAUAUUCAACCAAUAACAUCUUAUAUAAAAUAUAGUGAAUUUAGAUAAAUUUAGUAUCGAAACACUGAAUCCGACCUUACUCACACACUUCCCUUCUCUCUCUAACACACACUCUCACUCUUCAUAUAAAAGAAACUCAUACUUUCAUCUCUCUUAAAUCUUCAUAUCUUCAUCUCUCUCCCUUCAAUAACAACAAAAAAAAAUGAAGUUUUUUCAAAUUUCUAAUAAAAAAGCAAUCUUUUUUACCAUUUUCAUCUUUUGCAUGCUAAUAACUCCAUUAAAAGGGGCAAAAACCUCUGUUUCUUCUUCUUCUUCUUCGUCUGAUCAACAACCUGAAUUGAUCACGUACUUCAAAUCCACAACUUUACUGAAAAACCCCACUAUUAAAGACCUUCAAAAUCAAUCAAGAACAUCAAAAAUCAAUCUUUUUACAUCAUCUGAUUGUUCAAUUUGGACAAAAGAAUGUUCAAAUGAAAUUUUGAAAAUUGCCCAGAAAACAGAGCAUGUUAAAUGGAUAAAAUCAGUGAGGAGAAAAAUCCAUGAACACCCUGAACUUGCUUUUCAAGAAUUUGAAACUAGCAAACUUGUUCGUCAAGAACUUGAAAAAAUGGAAAUUUCUUAUCGGUUUCCGUUGGCUACCACCGGAAUCCGAGCCAUCAUCGGCUCCGGCCAGCCGCCGUUUGUUGCUCUUCGAGCUGACAUGGAUGCCCUUCCAAUUCAGGAAGCUGUUGAAUGGGAGCACAAGAGCAAAAUUGCUGGUAAAAUGCAUGCUUGUGGCCAUGAUGCUCAUGUGGCUAUGCUUAUUGGUGCGGCUAGAAUUUUAAAGGCUCGUGAGAAGAACUUAAAGGGUACAGUUAUUCUAAUAUUUCAACCAGCAGAAGAAGCAGGGAAUGGAGCAAAAAGGAUGAUGAAAGAUGGUGCAUUGGAAAAUGUGGAAGCUAUAUUUGCUGCACAUGUUUCACAUCAACAUCCAACUGGUGUCAUUGGAUCAAGAACAGGCCCUUUACUUGCUGGCUGUGGGUUCUUUAAAGCUGUCAUUAGUGGAAAAACAGGUCAAGCAAGCAAUCCCCACCACUCAAUUGAUCCUGUUCUUGCUGCCUCUGCUGCUGUUAUCAGCUUACAAAGCAUUGUUUCUCGUGAAUCCAAUCCAUUAGACUCUCAGGUGGUGUCUGUGACAUCUUUCAAUGCUGGAGAUAAUCUUGACUUGAUACCAGAAUCAGUUACACUCAGUGGGACAUUCAGGGCUUUUUCGACAAUAAAUUUUUAUCAACUUCUUAAAAGGAUAAGAGAGGUUUUCACAGAACAAGCUAGUGUAUUCAGAUGCAGUGCAACAGUUGAUUUUUUCGAAGAUAAGGACACGAUCUACCCUCCGACUGUGAACGAUGACACAAUGUACGAGCACGUGAGGAUGGUCGCGAGUGAUUUGGUUGGAACGACCAAUUUUAAGGUCGUUCCGCCAAUGAUGGGAGCAGAGGAUUUUUCAUUCUACUCUGAAGUAAUUCCUGCUGCAUUUUUCUAUAUUGGUAUAAGGAAUGAGACCUUAGGAUCAAUACAUACAGGACAUUCACCACAUUUUAUGAUUGAUGAAGAUGUAUUGCCUAUUGGUGCAGCUACUCAUGCUGCUAUUGCAGAAAGAUACCUUAAUGAAUAUGGAUCUUGAAAUAAGAUUUCGUUUUUUUCGUUCACACCAGGAGGAUCAAUAGUGUUCUCAUUUGUCCUCUAGUGUGACUCGAACCCUUGUUGGUUGUUCAACUACUUGAGCAGGCCUCACUUAUCGAUCGUGAAAUAGGGAUUUUCUAUAAUGCAAUUUUUGCCUCUUUUUUUUUUUCUUUUUAACUCCCAUAUUGUAUGCCAACCUAUGUGAUGAUUGACAAUUAAGAUGUCCAUUCUUGUACUAAUGUGUUUUUUUUCUUCAUGAGGUUGGACAUAUGAAUCAUGGAGAUAAGAGAAGAUAUAUGAUAUAAAGGUGUUUGCUACAAUUUGAA